AUGAGGGAAAUUAUUGAAAACAAAGCAAGACCCAUCAUUGACAAGCCUAGUAAAUUGGAUGUACUCAAGAAAGUAUUACUCUCGGUGAAGAGGCUCCCCCUAGGUGUCAUUACUACUGCUGAAAAGAUCUGUCAAUGUGCCAAAGAUGAGUUGAAAAAUCAUCUUAAAUACUAUGGUACUAAGCAAAACGUUCAGUACUUUCAAGAGUACGUCAAGGAUCAUUUCGAUGCUAUUGUGGUAUUUUUACAGCUUCAGGCUUCUACGUCUACAUUCACUGGUGAAAGUGCAUCCAUCCCAGCUACACCCGUUAUUGCUCCUUCUGACUCUGUAGCGUUCCUUCACCGCGACCUCUCUGGCAUGGACAUGGCAUCCGACAUGUCUUCUGUGUCUGGCGCUCCUUCACGUGCAGCAAUGUCUUCAAUCUCGCAUAAUCCCUCUGAUAUAUCCAUGGUUGAAGCUCCCCCAGAAAAUGUAGGAUACCGCACUUGUACCGUGUCUUUCAAGAGCCUUUUACGAAAGGGUGUGUCUUCCGAUCUUGUCGAGUCAUUUUUGCAAAAGCUAAAUACUGCAUUGCAUAAUGUAUCUGACUAUGUUACGGACUUGCAAUUGGUGGUAUACGCAUUGAUGCUCUCAAUGAAGUACUCGCAGUUCGUAGCUCCAGGCUACAAUAUUAAAACUGAUGUCACUACCUCUGCUCUUCCAUUACCCUCUAAUGCCUUGAAGUCUACGGAUUUUUGCAACGGUGUCAAGGGUCUUCUCCAGAGCAGACACAUUGAUUACCUGCAUACUGCUUUGUUUGGCCAAAGAGGUACCAAGAUCUCGCAUCCUACAUUUGCUGCUCUGUCGUCCGCCAAUGCGCCAAUACUUGGUGCUAUCGUAAGGGAUACGCCUCAACCUGCUAAUGAACUCAUGAUGGUGACUCGAGGAUUGUACAAAACAAAUCUCGAAAACAUGUGGGCAAGUAAUAAGGUAUUUAACAAAUCACUGAACAAGCUACUGGAGAUUCUUCUUCGCGUGCAUCUCGCUCCAAAACGAGAGUCGCAUUACUGGGAGCUUCAACAAACCAAAGCAAAGAAGCAACCCAAGCAAGUUGUCAAGUCGAUCAGAAACUCGUUUCACAACGCCAUUCGAUCAGAGAAGUACAAACUUCAAAAAUAUCAAAGAAAGGCACAGGACAAACCAGAAGACAACAACUGGGCGAAGCGGGCCAGAAAUAGUCAAGAGCGCAUAACUCACAUGUACGCUGAUGCCAAGCGCCCUGUCAAGGCUGUUUCUACUUCUGGUACUACAUUUGAUCAAGCUGUUGUAUCUGCUUCUGGCUCAGGUUCUUUUACUACAGCUGUAUCUACUCCUACUGAUCCCUCUAGCACUUCUGAUGCUGUUGCUGCCUCCAAUGCUAGUUUUGAUAUUGAUAGUGCUGAUAUGCCUAUUGACGAACUGCUCCCUCUUUCUGAACUGAUAGACGAGGAAGACGACCAAGAAGAAGAGGAAGAUACCCGUGAUCUGCCUAGAAGACGAAUUAUGAUUCUCAAAACUACCCUGAGAAAUCUCUUGGUGAGGCAAGCUGGAAAGUCUAUUACCCAUACACAGCUCAAGAAGGAACGUCCGAUAUCACGGAAGAAGAGAAUCGCGUGUGCAUGCUUCUGGGAAACUUAUGUUGAGCCUCUGCCAGAGUCAUACAGGAUGCGUGCUGAAGAUAUCGACUUUGGUUCUGGCCAAUCCAUGAGGCGAAAGAUCACUUUGAAAGACAAGAAAACAACAGAAGAAGGAAAGAGGGUUCAAGAGAUUGAGCAACAAUUGCCGAGAUCCAGUGUGUUCAGAGCCAAAGAGGUAGAGGGUGUUAUGUCAAAUCUUGAUGCACACAGAAGCAAUGGCCAAGCAUUGCGAACGUUCUAUCACUCAAAGAAGCAGAAUACUCUCUCUAACAAGACUGAGCACAUUGACAGGCGUUUCCGUUCUCGUUUCGCUUCGCGUAAAAGAUCCUUUUGUGCCGGUGUUCGUCCCCAAACGUCACUUGUAAUGUUCAUUGGAGAUCGUGGUCUUUGUGUCGGCUCUCGUUUGAAGGGUCAUUUGAAGUAUGGUGGAAAAUGGAAGCCUCGCUUACAUUCAUCCGUCGCCACUGUGCAUACUACCAACGAACACAAGACAUCCCAGACGUGUAUGUACUGCUUUGGUCCCACCUCUCAUCCCACACAAACCAUCAGAGCAAAGGAUGGUAAGACCAAGGCGAGGUCCAUUCAUGGUGCAUUCCUGUGCUUAAAUUCUGCCUGUGUGUCCGUUCUCAAUCACAGAGCCAUUCAAGGUAGAGACAGGACGUCUGCUUUGGCCAUCGCUGUCUUUGGGCUUUCCUCUCUCCCUUAUUCAGGCAGCCAUUGCCGGUAUUCAACCCAAAACCCAGCCAAUCCAACACUGGCAUUAUCUCCAAGACCACCUCUUUCUGCAACAGAAACGAGAUACGGGACGGCAGCGGUGCUGCAUUAG